CGGCACUUCCAAUAUAAGCGCGAGAUUCAGUUUACAAUUUUAGUAUCGGCAAGUUAAGUGUCUGAUGUGUGUGUAGUUUGGAACUAAUUAAGUAACAUUUUGAGCGAUUUCAAAGGAAAAAGUUUUAUGGAGUAUACACAAAAGGCGACUGCCAUAUUUUUGCUUUUGAUCAUUUUCGGCCUCAUUUCGAACAGUUUUCAAACGAAGAAAGUCAACUGCAGAAAGUAUGUGUACGCACCAGUUUGUCGAGGAGUUCAGGCAAAACGGGCACUGCCAGCGCUGGACAAUGAAAGUAUUUCAAUUAGAGAACCCAGAGGCCAACCCAUCACUUCAGAGCUCGACACCAUCAUGCACUGGAAAGAUAAGGACAGGGCACACGGAUAUGAUACUCCCCCACUACAACUGCUCUUAAAAAAGCUGAACCCUGGAAAUUCUGACUACGAGUACGUAGAAGCCAACUAUUAAACAAAAACAACUUCUGAGGAAACCAUCAGUAUUAAAUUUGUAUUAUAUUUAUUAUACACUAAUUUAUUGUUGCAAAAAGUAAAGAUGCAUUGACUGA